GCCCUUGAUUCCCACGACCCUCCUCCACACGCACACGCACACGCACGCACGCGCGCUCAUAAGCACACGGAGCGAGGAGAGGCAGAGCAGCUUUGCACCACUUUUGCAACAACACCGUUACUUCCUAGAAAUAAUUUUAAAAAAAAAGGGAGCUUCACUUGAGUUCGGCAAGGAGAGGGAGGAAGGGCAAAGUCUCCAUUAGAACAUGAAAAGCCAAAAAGGACGUCGGCGUGGCAGUGCACGAGGCAACUGAUGCUUGUUGAGUGGGGACCAUGAUUCGCACCGAUGAGCAAACAAGUUGGACUCAAGAUGAUGACAGCCGCCAGCAGUCCUGUCAGCAGCCCCUUCUCGUCCCACUCGUCACCCACCUGCCUCCCGGCAUGUCACCUUAAAAAAGGCGACGCCACCCGCACCCGACUGCACUUGCGCUCGGCCCCGGGCGCCUGGCUGAUGGUGGGCGUGGUGGUGGUGCUGGCGGGGAUGAGCGUGGCCGCGGCGGGUUACGUGUCCGCGGCGCCGAGGCCCACGGGCGGCCGCGGGUCCGGCCACGUGGACAGGAUGAAACUGGCCGGGCCCGUGGUCAUGGGUGUCGGCCUGUUCAUCUUCAUCUGCGCCGCCACCCUGCUCUACGAGAACCGGGAUCGGGAGGGCCACAGGUUGGAGACGUGCGAAGACCUGGAGGACUUGAACGGGGACCUCGGCUGGGAGGACUCGCAAGAGCAGGCCAGCUUCAGUAGUCAGGAACAGUGGGAGAUCAGAGGCGGGGAGCAGGGGUGCGUUACGCCUCCUCUCUCCAACCAGGACUGGACCCUCUACCCCCCUUCUCUUUCCGUGGCUUGCCAAAACCUUGAGGACCGAUCACCGCUGCGUCAUCUGGAUCACGCAGAGGACGGCGGGGCCGAGAGGGAGGGGAGUUCAACACUCCUGGCUCGAGUUCUGCACCACCAGGAGCCAAGUCCUCACUCGUCCUCCCCCGGCCCAUCCGCUCCUCACUCCUCCGCCUUCCCGGACGACUCCAGCGAGAUGAACUUUCAGACACUCCCUGAGCCCUGA